CCUUAUACUGAAUUUUCAGCAGAAGACAUCGUAAUGUUCACAGAAAAAUUUUUAGUAGAAAAUUUGGAACAAUACAUCACAGUUUCUCAUGUCAAUAUUAUCGCGACUGGUGAUUCGAAUCAAGAGUUUGAGGCUAAUGAGAUCCCACUUAGCAUUCCUCAUUGUAUGUUUCUUGUGCUGGUUAAUCGUGAUCCAAAAGAAUGUG